AUGAAGCUAUCACUGAAGACCAGAGAUCAGCAGCAGCACAAUAACCCACUUGUCCGAGCAAAGAUACCAAUAAGCGUGCUGGGUUUACCCUUCGUCUCCGGCAUUGUCGCCGGUGACCCCUCCGAUCUCUCCUUUUCCCUCCGAUCCAACUUUCCCUCCGGCCCCUCCCUUAAGCUCUCCUACACUCCUUGUCCAUCCACCUCCACCGCUCCCUUCACUCUCUCCCUCAACUCCGGCGUCGGUCUCUUCGGCUCCCCCAACAACUCACCUCUCCGCAUCGCCGCCCAUUUCUCUCUUUUCCCAAAUGCUCACCGUCCUACCUUCUCUCUCCAAAUCAAACCCCAAUUCGGCGAUUUCUCCCUCAAGAAAUCUACUUUCUCGCCUCCUUUCCCAAAUGCCAACCCUAGCGCUAAUGGUGCAGGAGUUGGGUUCGUGCCGCUGGAGAGGCCAGUAGUUGUCCCAAAUCCUAAUUCUAGUGAGAAUUCUGGGAUGCACUCGGGUUGUGGAGAUGGGUUUGUGCCAUUUCGUCUGGGUCCUGACCUGAAGCCGAAGGAGAAUGCCGGAGUUUUCUCAAAUGGUGGAAGUGGAAUUGGGUUUUUUCCAGAGAGGCCGCUGGCGUGGAGGGAUUUGAGAAUGGAUUCUUGCUGUGGGAAAGAUGGGAUUUUGUCUGGAUUUGCUCUCAGGGCGAGGACGGUGUUGCCGGUGAUGAAGGGGGUAGUGAUGAAUUUCAGGUGGGGUGUGAAUUUUCCGGCUGAGUUUGGCAAAAGUAUGCCUUUUUUGACGGUUGAUAAGUUUGGGAUAGAGAGGCUUGAGGAUGCGAAGGAGGUGAAGGUGAAGAGAAGUGACGGCGACAGGGGUGAUGUUGAGUUGUUGAAGGGUAUGUGUUUUUGGAUGAGCAGAGAUUUGGAGGCUUUACAGAAGGAAAAUGGGGAGAUGAAGCAAAAGCUAGAGGAGUUGAGAUCGGGGUUUCUUGUGAGGAAUCAUAGCAGGGAACUGGAUGGCAUAGGAAAGAAGUUAAUGCCAUCAUCAUUUGAGAAUCCCAGCCAGUUUGAGCAAUGGAGGGGCAGGAAGAAUGGUAGAGAAGACAAUGGUCGAAGAGAAACUGACAAGGCUGUGAAUAGAGCAAGCGAUGUGGAAUCUGAACUGCAGAAAGCUAUUAAGGUCGCUUCCUCUUGA